AUGAACAAAUUAACAAUCUUUAUGUUGGUCGCCCUCGUUGCCAUGCUCUUUGUCUCUGUCUCUGUCGCUACUGUCGAUGAAACCAAUGACAGAUGUGAUGAUUGCUUCAACCUCGCCAUUGCCAACUACAACCAAUGCAAGGCUGGUGGCCACUCAUUCAGCACUUGCUAUGACCUCUACCGUUCCUAUGUUCAAGCUUGCCGUAACCAAGGUUGCAAUUAA